GUAUCAUUGCUAUACUGGCCAUGACAUUUCUGUUAAAAAAAAAAGACAAACAACAACAACCAAACUAGACCCCAAGAAAGGUGUGCCACAGAUGAAACCUCUGUCUGAAUUGCACUUGGAUGUCUGCAGUAAAUUAACUCCAGCAAAGAGUGUAUAAAACAGUCUACCUGGGGUCAACCCUCUAAUAGGCGGGCCUUAGUUAGCCGUGACACAAAACGCGACCUCUCCAGCUCCCAGGCGGCCUUUGCGGGUCUGAAACUGGCCGCUGCGCACGGGGCGGAGUCGAGGCCGCGAGCGCGCCCCCUCCUGCGGCAGGACGCGCUCGGGGACCGAGUCUCUGUACAGUCAGGGCUUCUGCUGGGCAGGGUCGGCUGUUAAUCCUCAAGGUGGAUACCGGGGCGGUGGGGAGAUGGGGCAUAUGGGUGGUGUCCGUCGGUGAGAAACACCUAGCGCAGAAAAAGGGUGGCGGCCAGAGGGAGUUCCCACCUGUUGGCGUUCUUCCAGAAAUGAAGACUUGAGAAAAUACCAAGGAGGGGCCGAUCGGUGUCCUUCGGACGCGCCUGGAACCCCACCCUCGGUCAGAGGAAAAGACCCUGGGGUGAGACGCAGGAGCUUCAGAAAAACCGAGAAGAAAAGCAGCUCCCUCCGCGCGCCACCGCCUCUGCCUCGCACUCCUGCGCGGCCGGCCCAGCCUGCGCCUAGCCCGCGGCCCUUCGCCCGGCUGCGCCUUCCCACCCCGGCCUUCCGGGUGCCUCGGCCGGCGACCUGCCUCCGAGUCCUCCCAUGGCGGCAGCGCGACCCACAGGCUCCGCGAGCGGAGCCCUUUGCCGGCAACUCCUGCUGACCCUCGCGAUCUUAACAUUUGCCUGUGAUGCCUGCAAAACAGUGACACUACAUGUUCCCUCCAAACUAGAUGCUGAAAAAUUUAUUGGUAGAGUUAACCUGAAGGAGUGCUUUAAAUCUGCAAAUCUAAUUCAUUCAAGUGAUCCUGAUUUCCAAAUUUUAGAAGAUGGUUCAGUCUAUACAACAAAUGCCAUUCUUUUGUCCUCAGCGAAGAGAUCUUUUACCCUAUUACUUUCCAACACAGAGACCCAAGAAGAGAAGAAAAUACUUGUCCUUUUAGAGCAACAAACAAAGGUACUGAGGAAAAGGCGUUCUCAAGAAAAAGUUCUAAUACGUGCCAAGAGAAGAUGGGCUCCUAUUCCUUGUUCAGUGCCUGAGAAUUCCUUGGGUCCUUUCCCACUUUUUCUUCAACAGGUUCAAUCUGAUACAGCACAAAACUACACUAUUUACUAUUCCAUAAGUGGGCCUGGAGUUGACAAAGAACCUCUAAAUUUAUUUUAUGUAGAGAGAGAUACUGGAAACCUGUUUUGUACUCGUCCUGUAGAUCGUGAAAAGUAUCCAUCUUUUGAGCUAGUUGCCUUUGCAACAACUCAGGAUGGAUAUACUCCAGAAUAUCCACUGACCCUACUAAUCAGAAUCGAGGAUGAGAAUGAUAACUUCCCAAUUUUUACAGAAACAACUUACAUUUUUAAUGUUUCUGAAAAUUGCAGAGUUGGUACUACCGUGGGACAGGUUUGUGCAACUGACAAAGAUGAGCCUGACACACUGCACACGCGUCUAAGGUACUCCAUCAUCGAGCAGUUUCCAGCAUCACCCACCCUCUUUUCUAUGCAUCCAACUACAGGUGUGAUCACCACAUCAUCAUCUCAGCUAGACAGAGAGCUAAUUGACAAAUACCAAUUGAAAAUAAAAGUACAAGACAUGGAUGGUCAAUAUUUUGGUUUGCAGACAACUGCAACUUGCAUCAUUAAUAUUGAAGAUGUGAAUGACAACUUGCCAACAUUCACCCGUUCUUCUUAUGAGACAUCAGUGGAGGAAAAUAGAAUUGAUGUGGAAAUCUUACGUGUUGCCGUUGAAGAUAAGGAUUUAAUUAAUACUGCUAAUUGGAGAGCUAAUUAUACCAUUUUAAAGGGCAAUGAAAAUGGAAAUUUUAAAAUUGUAACAGAUCCCAAAACCAAUGAAGGAGUUCUGUGUGUGGUUAAGCCACUGAAUUAUGAAGAAAAAAAAGAGGUGACCCUGCAAAUCUGUGUAGUUAAUGAAGCUCCACAUUCUGGUAGUUCAGGAUCAACCGGGAACAUGGCAACAGUCACUGUUAAUGUACAAAAUCAGGAUGAAGGCCCUGAGUGUAGCCCUGCAGUGCAAAUUGUUCGUAUUAAAGAAAACGUACCAGUGAGCACAAAGGGCAGUGGCUAUAAAGCAUAUGACCCGGAAACAAAUAGUAGCAGUGGCAUAAGGUAUAAGAAAUUAAGUGAUCCAAAAGGAUGGGUCACUGUUGAUGAAAACUCAGGAUCAGUCACAACUUUCAGAAGCCUCGAUAGAGAGGCAGAGACCAUCAGACAUGGUAUAUAUAAUAUUACAAUCCUAGCCUCAGACGAAGAUGGGAGAACGUGUACUGGGACACUAGGGAUUAUACUUGAAGACAUGAAUGAUAACGGCCCAUUCAUACCUCAGCGGACAGUGAUAAUCUGUAAACCUGUCAUGUCAUCGGCGGAGAUUGUGGCCAUAGAUCCCGAUGAACCCAUACACGGCCCACCCUUUGACUUCAGUUUGGACGGUGUUUCUGAUUCAGAAGUACUUAGAAUGUGGAGACUGACAAAAAUUAACGAUACAGCAGCACGUCUUUCCUAUCUGAAUGACCCCCAGUUUGGACGAUAUACGGUACCUGUCAGAGUUACAGAUAGGCUUGGCCAAUCACUUGUCACUCAAUUAAACGUGAUAUUAUGUGACUGUGUUACCCAAAGUGACUGCAACACUGGCUUAGCUCUGAAGACUGACAACAGAGGACUGAUACUUGGAAAGUGGGCCAUCCUUGCAAUAUUGUUGGGCAUUGCAUUGCUAUUUUGUGUCCUAUUUACCUUAGUCUGUGGGGCUACUGGGGUAGCCAAAAAGCCAAAAGUAUUUCCUGAUGAUUUAGCCCAGCAGAACCUCAUUGUGUCAAACACUGAAGCUCCCGGCGAUGACAAAGUGUAUUCCACCAAUGGCUUCACAACCCAUACUGCAGGAGACUCCCCUCAGGGAAUUUGCAGCCCCCUGGGAUCCGGAGUGAAAAACGGAGGGCAGGAGACCAUUGAAAUGGUGAAAGGAGGGCAGACCAUUGAGUCCUGCCAGGAGGCUGGGCAUCAUCACACCCUGGCAGUGUGUAAGGGAGGUGGACAGCACACCCUGGAUUCCUGCAGAGGAGGACAAGUAGAGGCGGACAACUGCAGAUACACGUACUCCGAGUGGUACACCUACACUCAGCCCCGCCUUGGUGAAAAGGUCCAGCAGUGUAAUCAGGAUAACAGUCAUAUGCAUGCUCAAGACUACGUCCGGACGUAUAACUAUGAAGGAAGAGGAUCGGCGGCUGGUUCUGUGGGUUGUUGCAGUGAACGACAAGAAGAAGAUGGGCUUGAAUUUUUGGAUCAUUUGGAACCCAAAUUUAGGACACUAGCAGAAACAUGCAUGAAGAGAUGAGUGCGUUCCAUUUAGUCUACAAAUGCCAGUGGCUUUCUCUCUUUUAAAUUAUUAUUACAAGCCAGGAUUUUUUUAAAAUAGAAGAUGCUGUUUU